CUUCGUUCUGAAAAAAAAAAAAUCUAUUCCUUCUUCUUUUCAUCUGAUCCUCCCUCCGGAACCCUCCUUUCACCCGUUCGCACCUCUCUCUACCUUCGCUCUCAUACCUCCCGAAUACGCUACAAUGACGGACUACAACAAGAAGACCAACGCGGAGCUUAUCGAGAUGCUCAAGUCGCGAUCUCUGGCGCAUAACGGACGCAAGGCCGAGCUGGUGGCACGCUUGCAAGCUGACGACGAGGCAAAGUCGGCCGCGCCCGGCGAAACGACUGCCACCAAGGCCGAUGCCGCCGAGGACGUGAUCGACUGGGAGGACGAUGCGCCGACCGAAGCAGCCACGACGGUGAAACCGUCGACGGCCACCGGUGCGGCGGCCAUCGCUGCGGGUGGCCAGGGCCCCGUCGCGAACCCGGCGGCGGUGCCGAACCAGAAGGUCGACACCGAUCCUUCUACGACGGACGAUCUUAAAGUGGAAUCGCAGGGCGCUGUGGCUGGCGAGAAGCCUGCUGAGAGCGAGACGGCGACAGAUGCCGCUGCCGCCGCCGAUGUCGCAGAGAGCAAACCGGCCGUUGACUACACGCGGGGCCUCCCGUCGACCGAGCUCGAGGAGGAGCUGAAGAAGCGCAAGGCGCGUGCGGAGAAGUUUGGAAUUGUCGAGGACACAGAGACCGCUCUGGCCGAGGCGGAGAAGGCUCUGCAACGAGCCAAACGAUUCGGAACCGGAGCUGGAAGCGCAGAGGGCAGCACCAGUGGCCCCGUCGGAGUCAAAGGGUUGGACGAGGCUCUGCCAGAUGAGCGGUCUCGCAAGCGUGGCCGUGGGGAUCAGGAACCCAAUGCUCGACGAGAAGGCAAGAAGCGUGACGUUGGCGGACGCAACCGCAACCGACGUCGCGGCACUGGGAAUCCCCCCCAGAACCAGAGUCAGAGCCAGAAUCAGAAUCAGAACAAGAGCUCCGGUCAAGGCAGCGUUAGGCAGUGGAGUGAGAAGGAUUCUCUUGCGCUCGAGGCGCGUAAGAAGAGAUUCGCGACGACCGCGUAAAUUCACCUGCUCCUUCCCCGACUUUCUUUCUGUCUCUCCUUCAAAUCAUUUUCCUAUCUCUCUCUCUCUCUGUCUCUCUCUCUUCGGCGUUGCGGUGAGACUAUCUAUCUAGCAAGACGCGUUCCAGUACCAAAUUU